AAUCACACUGUCGUUCUCACGAGCCGUUACGUCUCUCGCUCGCGCUCUCCCUGCGCGCAUACCCAUUCGAACUGCCACGCCCCUUGCCCCCGCCAACAUGACCUGGCUCAAUCGGUUGAAUCCCACGCCGGCUUUCCCACAGCAUACCGGCCCGUACCAGGUCGGCUCUAUAGACGUCGAGAUACCCUCCAGCGACCUGGACAGCCCGAGUGCGAAUGCGCCUCCUGCGGAUCUACCCACGGUCGCGUUCCGCUUGUUUUACCCGUGCAAGCAGGACAGCAAUGAGAAGGCUGUGAGGUGGCUUCCGAGCCCGCAGAGGGAAUAUAUCAGCUCGUACGCAAAGUUCCUGGGUGCCAGCAGCGCGUUUGCUGGAGUGUUUUCAUUAAUGCCCCAGUUGCUGUAUUUUAUUUCCAUGCCUGUACACCACCAUGCCGAGCUCCUUGCGCCACCGCCAAAGUCUGAUCGAUGGCCCGUCAUGGUAUUUUCUCAUGGCCUCGGCGGCACCAGGAAUGCGUAUUCACAUAUUUGUGGCUCGCUCGCAAGUCACGGGGUGGUGGUUGUGGCCGCCGAUCAUCGCGACGGUAGUGCGCCUCUAUCUAUCCACCACACACCGGAAGAAAAAGAAAAAAUGAAGCGGGUGGCGUACAGGGCGAUUGACCACAAGGCUAGUACGGAGACGUACCAAGCAAGAGACGAGCAAUUGCGGAUACGGCUGUGGGAACUGGGCAUGAUCCACGAUGCGAUAUUGAAGGUUGACGAGGGGAGGCAGCUGAAGAAUGUUGCGCAGGACCAGCCCAAGGAAAGGAACGUCUUGAGCAUGUUCCGGGAUUUACUCCAUGUCCAUGAGCCCGGCGCUCUCAGCUUCGGCGGUCACUCCUUUGGCGCAUGUACCACGAUCCAGUUUGUCAAGUCGAUUUACCACCGGCCUCAAAGACCGAUUUCAGAGUACAAGCCCCUGUACACUCCAUCUGAAGAUUCAAGCAUCGUACGCCAAAUCACGCCCACUACAUCUGUUACCCUGCUCGACCUCUGGACACUGCCGAUCCAAAGCCCAGACACAGCAUGGCUUAGGACCCAGCCCAUGCCGUGUUACGACUCGCCAAGCGGCGGCAAGAACCUACUAGCCAUCGCCUCGGAGGGCUUCUACAAAUGGAGCUCCAACUUCCUCGAGACAAAACGCAUCCUGGCGAAGCCCUCAGCCGCUAAAUCACAAUACCCAGCCCAACCCGGCCCACACAUGUUCUACCCCAUUUCCUCGGCCCAUCUCUCCCAAAGCGACUUUGGCGUCUUGUUCCCCUGGCUCACGACAAAAGUCUUUGGCGCCAAGGAGCCGGAGAGAGUGCUUAGACUAAACACUCGUGCCAUACUGCAGGUCCUGCGUGAAAACGGGAUCCGCGUAGCCAACACCAGUGCCGAGGAUAUGGAGCUUGAGGCUGGUGCGGGUGAGACUACAAAUGACACUGCUAUUCUUAGCCACGCAAAGGAUAGUGUACGUGGAUGGGUCAAUCUCAGCACCGAUCUGGAAACAGGCCUCGAUCCCGAGGAUGCCGAGCGUGUGCAGGGUAAGAGGUUAGUGGGGGCGCCGACGGAGAGGGUGGGAAGUGAGGGUAAGGGGCCGGCGGAUGCGAUCGUGGAGGGCGAGGCGCUGGGCCAGGUUGUCGGGGGGAAUGGGAGUGGCAAGCUGUAAUUUGAGGACAGGUGGUUUUUUUUUCUUUCAUACGAUCUUGCGAUGGCGCUGGAUAUAGCGGGAUUCUUGUUUUUUGGUGCUUGUAUAUGAUUCUAGAUGAGAUUCCCACGGUAUAUUGAUAGAUGUAUGGAC